AUGUCGGACGCUCCUCCAAACCCCCAACCGCCCCUGCUGGCUCUCAGAGACCGCAGACUCUUGCGUAAUUCGGCGUCGUCCACCACGGUUUCGUCACUUCAAGAUCAGUCGAUGCCUUGGACAGCGUCUGCUGCUCUUCGCCAGACUAGCAACCCUGUCGUUGGAAGUCCACUACAACAAUCCUUUCCAGCUUACCCAAAUACAUCCUCUGCUCCAAACACUCCCCAAAUGCAGGAUACACCGUCUCGCCCUGCUCGCGAGCAGCAUGGCCGCAGACGAGGCGAUACACGCUCCUCUUCGGUUCCAUCAAUCGUACGCCAACCAUCAGGAAGCCAACACAUGGUUCAUGGCACCAGAGGCCCGUCCCGCACUCAACCUUCCUCCCACACCACAACACCUUAUCGUCACUCUCCCACCAACUCAGGCACAGGUGGACCUGUCAAACCAAACCGUAACUCGGUCAAACAUCUGACAUGCUACUGGUGGCACAAGACAUCUCGGUGCCGCCGCACGGAUGAAGAAUGUCUCUAUGCCCACUGGGAUACAGGAAGAUACACCGACCCACCCAAGCAAGUCAACCCUGGUGAACCUGCUAAGGCUGGAAAGUCUCUCCAACGUGCCUUGCAGAAGAAAGAGGAAGACGAGAGACGCGGGGCGCACUUGAUGCAGGCUCUGACCCACGUUCAGGGCAGUUCGACCGACGUUAGCUCCCGAGAGGUAACCCCACCAAACGGUCUAAACAGUCAGGCGUACGGCAGCUCCACAACACCAUCCCCAGUGGCCGUUGGACCAUUUGAGGAAUUCAAAUACAAGCUUGAAAACAUCUGCGCUCAGGCUGAGGCGGGAAUCCGCAGAGACUGGGUCCAGUCCGAGGCUGUCGAGGCGUUACAAAUGGCAAAUAGACAGUUGCAAGAGGAGAAUGACUUCUUGAAGACGGAGCGACUCCAGCUGCUUGCCGACAUCGAUGAGCUGGGUGCCUACCAUCGCAGCUUGCUUGCCGAACGUCAGGUUCUCCGCGACACCAUUAUGAGGAUGCAAUAUCCGUACGGCCCACUCACCAGUCCAUGGGGUGCUGUAAGACCCGGAGCCCACCAGCCCGAUAACAACAACAAUAAUGACAACAGCGGCGCGCCUAGCGAGAUUCAGAGCGACGAAGUCGAAAGCAUGUUGAAGACCCUCGGCCCGGAAUUCUAG